AUGGUCGACUUCACCCUCUCCAACUCCGAACAGCAAACAAGAGCGGCAGCACGCAGCUUUGCUGCUGCCCACUUAGCCGGCGCUCAAGCAAUAUAUUCCGAUCUCGCGACACCCGAAGAGCGAUUUCAAAGCCUCCAGCCCAUCUAUGCCGCCGCAGUCAAGGCUAAUCUCAUCAAAGCCCAGGUUCCGGCUCAGAUCGGGGGCAGCAGCACUAAUUUGGUCGAGGCUGCGAUCCUAGUAGAGGAGUUCUACGCCGUCGAGGCAUCCGCUUCAUUAACCAUUUUCGGAACCGGACUGGGCUUGACUCCUGUUGCGCUGGCUUAUCGGCCUUCAAUUCAGAAAUUCUUGGAUCCCUUCCUUGCAAGCGAGGGGGCACCGCUUGCUUCGUUGGUGUUUUCGGAGCCUGCCGGCGUGGCAAAUUGGCUGGAACCUGGAGCGCCUGGUUUGCAAACAACAGCACGCCGGGAGGGAGAUGAGUGGGUUGUGAACGGUGAAAAGAUAUGGGCGACCAACUCCGCAGGCUGGGACUUUCGAGGCGCCGAUCUGAGCUGCGUGGUGUGUCGAUGCGUUGACGAGGGCGAGGUUGCGCAAGCUUCCUGUCCCCAGGACCUCAUCAUGAUUCUGCUGGUUACUCGGCAGGAUAUCCAAAGAAACGGACCAGACUGUUUCCAGGUCCUCAAACAUGUCGAGACCGCGGGACACAAAGCUACCUCAGGACCGCAUAUCAAGUACACAAACCUCCGGGUCCCAGUCGAAAACGUGCUCUGCGCGCCAGGCACCGGCGCUCCCAUCGUGCUACACUCUUUUGAGAUAUCGGCAAUGCUUGUGGGAGCCAUGGGCGUCGGGGUGCAACGAGCCGUGUUCGAUGCGGCCCUGGCCUUCUCUCACGAUACACGCGGUGGCACCGUCCCGAUCGCCCAACGUCAGUCCGUCGCGGACCUACUGAUCAACAUCAAAAUGCGGACAGAGACAUCGCGCUACCUGACGUGGAAAGCCGCGCACUGUUUGACGUCGGGUCCUGGCGAGCAUGCACAGCGGCGGGAGCAUGCCCUGCUGGCCAAGGUACAUUGCUCCGAUGCAGCGGUGCAGUCGUGUCUGGACGCGAUCAAUGCGGUGGGGGUGUCGGCGUAUAACCUUGAAACGCCAUUUGCUUCCCUCCUCGCUACUGCGCUUGUUCUGCCUAUUUUUGACGGAGGGAAUGUGGGGAUCCGCCGACGGGCACUGCAGGAUUUGUUCCUUGAAGAAGGAUAUCAGCCGUGGGGAACGACGUUUGGAUUCGAUAACUAG